CUUGUCGAGUGGAGAAGUCCAGUCAAAACAUUGCACCUUGGCCUGUACCUUCCACCCUUCUCUGUCUCCCUUCCCUAUUAAGUUUAAGCCUCUUUCUAGCACCCCCAAAAUCUUCUCAUAUAAUUCGAGCCUCUCUCAACUCGUUCUCCCUCUCCGAAUCUUUCUCUGUACAGUUCACUGCCUUCGAUUUCCUCGUACAGGCAUAUAUAUAGCCUUCAAUUGUAACAGUCGAAAAUUUUAACAGGGAGAUAUAGAAAUGGGUUUCUCAAAGGAUGAGAAAUCAAAAAGGGUUUUGAGGGUUUUGAAGACUCUGUUCUUCUUGAUCGCCAUGCUAAUUUCUUUGCUGCUUUUCUCGGCACCGGUUCUUUUGGUUGUAGCGGAUAUGGUACUUCCUUCGGCGCUUCUUUCUACUUUUCUUUCUUCUGCUCCUCUCUCUUUUCAGACUCUCUCUUCGCAUUUCCAAGACUACGAUUUUCGGUACUCGCUCAUCGAUAUACCUCUCAUAUCCUUCAUAAGAUCAGCAAUCAUAAUCUGUGUUUAUAGCUUGUGUGAUGGGCCAAGGCUUUCACGGGGACCGUAUUUGGGAAUUACGACGAUGUGUUCGUUGUUAUCUCUAAUGUUUGUGUCGUUGAAAGCUGCGUAUAUGUUCGGCGUUUCGGGAACCGCUCGAGGAGAAUAUGUUAGGACCACGGAAGUAGCGUUGUUCAUAUGCUCGCUGGUUCUGGCUAUUGGGCAUAUCAUUGUGGCAUAUAGAACAAGUUGCAGGGAGAGACGAAAGCUUCUGGUUUACAAAAUCGACAUUGAAGCAGUUUCAGCUUGCAAGAAUGGGUUUCUAGGGUAUCAGAAGAUUUUGCUAGAAAGAAAGGGUGAAGUGAACCUAACAAUGAAGCAGAUAUCAUUAUGAUAUGUAUUUUCAUAUAAAAUCUUCAGAGGCGUGAGAUUUCAGACUCGUUCAUUCGAGGAAAACCAGGCUCCUGGAGAACGAACAUGUGGGAAACUUACUAUCGGCUAUACUGUUGUAAACAAGUGUUGGAUAAGUUUUAUUUGUCACUAUAGAGGCUGGCUGGCUGGCUAUGAUGUCGGCAUGUCUGUCUAACUUAUAGUUGUCUUGUGUCUUUCUAGAGAUGUAUACUCAAUAUUUGUACAUGAAGAUCCAAGGGUGAAAGAAUUGGCCGAAGGCUUUCUUCUGAA